UGAGCCACAUUCAUAGGAUUAGCGUGCUCACACGCCCCCAGCCCACCCUCACGCGUCUCGCGUCUGUCACCGCUCCGGACCCCAUCGUCUCCUUUUUAACCCCUGCAGUCGACCAUUGCGCACGCCGGACCAAUUUAUUUUGUAUUUUUUUUUUUGAGGGGGGGGGGGUGUUAACACUUAUUCGCCCGGGUACAACAUGGAAGACUACCACAAACCGGACCAUCAGACUGUGCAGGCGCUGAGGAACCUCGCCAACCGGCUCCGGAUCAACUCCAUCAAGGCGACCACUGCAGCGGGCAGCGGCCACCCAACAUCAUGUUGCAGUGUCGCAGAGAUCAUGUCUGUGGUCUUCUUUCAUACCAUGAAGUACCGACCCGAAGAGCCACGCAACCCCAACAACGACCGCUUCGUCCUGUCCAAGGGUCACGCGGCCCCCGCGCUGUACGCCGUGUGGGCGGAGACGGGCUACCUGAAGGAAAACGAGCUGCUCAACCUACGUAAGGUCGACUCCGUCCUGGAGGGUCACCCCGUCCCGAGGCAGCAGUUUGUAGAUGUGGCCACCGGUUCUCUGGGCCAAGGUCUGGGGGCUGCCUGCGGAAUGGCCUACACCGGGAAGUACUUCGACGAGGCCAGCUACCGGGUCUUCUGCCUGCUGGGCGACGGCGAGCUGUCCGAGGGCUCUGUGUGGGAGGCCAUGGCCUUCGCCUCCUACUACCAGCUCGACAACCUAGUGGCCAUCUUGGACAUCAACCGGCUGGGCCAGAGUGACCCGGCGCCUCUGCAGCACCACGUCGAGAAGUACCAACGGCGCUGCGAGGCCUUCGGGUGGCAUGCCGUGAUUGCGGACGGGCACAGUGUGGAGGAGCUGUGCGAGGUCCUCGGUCAGGCCCGCCACCGGCCGCUCGCCAUCAUUGCCAAGACCGUCAAGGGCAAGGGCAUCCAAGCGGCCGAGGAUAAGAUGGGCUGGCACGGGAAGCCUCUUCCCAAAGACGUGGCCGACGGCGUGAUCAAGGAGCUGCAGAGCCGCAUGGUCAGCUGCAGCAAGCGCCUCUAUCCUUCGCCGCCCGGCGAGGACGCCGCGCCCGUCAGCUUGCGCGACGUCCGCAUGCCUAGCGCGCCGAGUUACAGACCCGGAGAGAAGGUCGCCACCCGGAAGGCGUACGGCGCGGCUCUGGCCAAGCUGGGCCGCCACAACCAGCACGUGGUGGCGCUCGACGGAGACGCCGAGAACUCGACCUUCUCCGAGCUCUUUAAGAACGAGCACCCCGACCGCUACGUGGCGUGCUACAUCGCCGAGCAGAACAUGGUGAGCGUGGCGACGGGUUGCGCCGUGCGGGACCGCAACGUGGUCUUCGCCGGCACCUUCGCCACCUUCUUCUCCCGGGCCUACGACCAGCUGCGCACGGCCGCCGUCUCCGAGAGCAACGUCAACCUGUGCGGCUCCCACUGCGGCGUCUCCGUCGGAGAGGACGGUCCCUCCCAAAUGGGUCUGGAGGAUUUGGCCCUGUUCAGAGCCCUUCCCGGCGCCACCGUCUUCUACCCCAGUGACGGCGUUUCCGCCGAGAAGGCCGUGGAGCUUGCCGCUAACACAAAGGGUCUGUGUUUUAUCCGAACAAGCCGCCCAGAGAACAACAUCAUCUACAACUGCAAUGAGGACUUCCAUGUCGGACAGGCGAAGGUUGUGUACAAAACCAACGACGACCACGUGACCGUCAUCGGCGCGGGCGUGACCCUCCACGAGGCGCUGGCGGCUGCCGAACACCUGAAGAAAGAGAGAAUUCACAUCCGUGUGAUUGACCCGUUCACCGUUAAACCUUUGGACGCCAAGACCAUCAUCGACAACGCCAGGGCCACCAGGGGGCGCAUCAUCACCGUGGAAGACCACUACUAUGAAGGUGGUCUCGGCGAGGCGGUGUGCUCGGCGGUGGUGAAUGAAAGCGGCUUCGGCGUCCACCGCCUGGCCGUGUCGCAGGUGCCUCGCAGCGGCAAGCCCCACGAGCUGCUCCAGAUCUUCGGCAUCGGCCGCGACGCCAUCGUUCAGGCCGUCCGCAAGGUGCUCAGCGGCGCCUCCAAUUCCAAGUGAAGAUGAGGAUGAGUGGAGGGGCCGCCCCGUGAAAGGGAACUCUGUCUUCUCUCCAUGAUGACAGCAAACAUAAGGGGGAUGGGGGGCUUCUGGCCCACUUUACUGAAAAGCCCCUUUACAUUCCAAAAUAAAAAUCUGUGUCAUUGAUGUUGUUUUGACACCCUAGUCCAAGUUCUGCUGGCACACACACACGCCCAUCUAGAAGCCUUCCCCGUGUCCCAGACAAAGUCUUGAUACUGCUGUCGUGCCCACGUGAAAGUGUGUUUUGUUUUUCAAUCAUUUGUGUGGAACUCCUCACUUCUAGGGUGCUACGCCACACCCACUCUCACUUGUAACCCCCCACCCACUAGUGACAACGUGGUUUGUUUCAGAGCACUGACUGGUUUUGAACCCUUUUUGGCCCUCGCUUGCGAUGAGACACCCUCACGCCAAUAAAAGGUUGCUUUCUUCACUACACGUGUCUGCCAUCUUUUUGCAGUC